AUGUCAGCUAGCAGAAGACAUAGCACAGGAACAACACUUUCAUCUUCAUCUGUUGCCCCAAAAGGAUUUCAGAAGCCCACAGGACAACAGCAGCAGCAACAACAGAGAUCUAUCGCCAGUGAAGAGGAGUUGCUAGCAACAAACCUUCAGGAGACCUACAAGGCCAUAUUAAAACUUGAAGUUGAAACACAGCAAGGAUGCUCCGAAGUUAAUCAACGGCUUGCUGAGAAUGAUGCAGGCGCUGAAAUUACAUCACAACUUUGGAUAUUGUACAAAAAUGUUGUGCAGUUGCUUGAUCACUAUUAUGAUUUUCUUCUUUAUGCCUUAUCACCAACUUCAGCGAGGGCUGGAAGGCCACUCGUGAUGAACUAUCGUAUAUUGCGGAGAAUGUGGGUUUAUGGUGUAGUCUCAUUUUUGGAGGUGUUAAAGAAUGUUGCCGCUAUUUUUGUUGAACACGAAAUAUGUGCCUGCUUUAUUGCCUAUGCUUUUAACAUCAUUUCUUGUUUAACAGACGCACAGCUUGGUGUUGAAGGCUGGUGGGCAGAAAAGCUGGGUGACUUAUCUAGAAUGGCCAUAGCACUUUAUCCAGGAAGAUAUAUGGACUGGAAAGCCUCUUCUGUUUCAUGGUAUAGAGCAGCUAUGAGAACUCAGUAUGGCCAUGGAAAGAUUUAUUACCAUGCAUGCACCGUUGAAAGUGAUAAUUUAGAAGCACUUAUGGACAUAGGUAGAAGCAUUACAUGUAGAGACCCAUUUGUCCCUACGGAACAGUACUUGCGAAUGAUUGUGGAUAACGUAUGCUCACAAAGAAACAUGCUAAGUUCAACAGAAAUGGCAAUGAUAGAUUUUGUUAAAAUUCACAAAAUACUUCUGCUACCAAACUACAAUGCAAACCAAGAAAUGAUAAGCCUUGUUUCCCAUUACGCUACGCACUUUGGGAUGGAUAGCAGUAAUGUGGACUUUUUUCAACUGCGUGGAGAUUCUGAUACGGUUCCGAAUGAAAAACUACAGUUUUGGUAUCAAAAAUCUGCAAACUUUGCUUUGUGUAAUAUCAAUCACCUAAUAGGAUUUGGGGAUAGUCGAAAUCCCUUUGCCAAACUUUUUGGUUUACCGGAAGCAUUGAAGGAGAGAAAAGAAAGAAAGGACAAGCACAAAAAAACAUCAAAAUCCGGAGACGCACAAAGCACAACCAGUGGCAGGUCAAUCGGCGAUGAUGCUGAGACCAUUUAUUAUUCUACCGCGGAUGAACAAACAGAAGAGGCUUGGUUUAGUCUUUUAGACUAUGUAAACAGUGGAGUUUUGGAAAUUUCGGUCAGGAUGUUAAGACAGUAUGUUUCUGGGCCAUUACAAUCGUCCACACCACAUAUGAUAAUAUGGCUAUACUUUGUCUUAUCGGUUGGCUGUUCAAUCAGGCUUCAUCCAACAGCAAAGCCUUUAUUUACACAACUAUUUCAUCACUUCUUUCCUUGGGCCAAAAUCAUUCCUUAUCUCAAUGAUGUUCUCUGUAUUCUUAGGUCAUCAGUGGAAGGCCGCUCCAAAUUUAGAUUGGCUGUCAAUAUCUUUAACAAGGGUGACGAGGAUGUUUUAUGUCAUUUAACUGAAAAUGAAAAUUUAUGGGAGGCGUGGAAGUGCUGGGGCUCUGUUUGGUUUGACAAUGUUUGUCUGAAAGGCGAUUAUUCUUCUGCCUAUGAAAGCGGAGUUCAAGAAUCGAUAUUUGACAUUCCAUAUGGCGGUCCUAGAUACUCACCUGCCGUUAAUGGGCCAAGAUUUAUUAGAAUAGCAUUGCUUGCAACGUAUAUUGCGCGUAACUAUCCAGAACUUGGCCUUGCUAUGGAAGGGAAUAUUUUCAAGUAUUAUUCAAAUCAAAGUUCGGAAACCUUGUCCCCUGCUGAAGUAUCUGGUCUUGAGUACUUCUAUCAAGAUCAACGUUUGCGCAAUUUAUUUGAGAAGAUUCCGGAGGCCUUAGUCGUUAAGAGCAAACCAGAAUUAGAGAUUGAUUGCUCCGUAUGGGCCGGAGAAAAUAUCAAUCCUAAACUACCUACAUUAGAAGACAACUCCUAUGGUUUUAUGACUGAGGUUAUCAAUAAUGAUUAUCCGGCAUUUUUGAGCAAGUUCCAGCAGCAAAAUGAUGGUGUGGAUGCAGAUGAUGAAAGCGAAUAUUCUGAUAUAUUUAAUGACCAAGGGGUGUACCAGUCGGAUUCUUUGAAGAUCUCAGGUGACAUUGGUGAUAAAAUAGAUACGUCUCUUACUUUCUUAUCAUUAGAUACGAAUACAUGGCUAAAACACUGUGGACGGAUCUUCAAAUGUGUUAGAGCUAGAAUUUUUAGACUCUCUGUUCCAUUGACAGUAUUUCAAGAACUUCGUUCUUUGAGACGCUCGACAGAUGCUUCAGUGGCUGAUUCUGCAACAAGAGCGGUUAUCAUCAUUCGUCAAUUAUAUGCAGAUAAAAGUGUCUUACCAGUUCGUGCAGAUGGCUCCAAGGCCUCAUCUUUGAAUGAGACAUUGGAAUUUGAGCAAAAUCAGAAUUGGCGUUCUAAUACCGAUGAAAUUAUUAUGAAAGCGGUUAAACUGAAUGAUGAUCUUGGAAAAUCUUUAUUAUUAGGAAGCAAUUACCGCAUUAACCAAGGUGGUAAAGUACUCACUCGUGUCGAGGCAAGUGUUUUCAAAUACAAUAUUCUCAUUACAGAUGAUCGUAAUAUGAACUUACGUGCGAAAGCAAUCAGAUUGAGCAGCUUUUCAAGUCAUUGGCUAUUUGUACGGAUCAACAGGAUUGCAGACGGCAGAUGUACUGAUUGA